GUUAGUUGUAUUGGAUGAAAUAUACUCAAACUGGAAUCUUGUCUAGUAGACUAUCUUAUUAAUUCGAUAAUAGAUAUAGGUAUUGCAUUAAAUUUUUCAACUUCAAUAUUUGUCAAAAGUUACAUUUCUAUUUUGCUACCACUAGAUUAUAUUAUAGAAUAUUUGAGAACUUAUCCAAGCACAAUAAUUUCAUCGCAGUUGAUUGGAAAUACAACGUUAUCAAACUAAUUUGUUGUAACUCGUGAAGAAUGGAGCUUCGGGAAACCGGCAUCAGAAGAUUCAGCUCUACGUCUCAAAUCCAAACACCGGAACAAAUGCCGUCAAGGUUCAUCGAUAGGUUUAUCCGUUUGAAAACUACAUAUUGGAACAGAGGAUUUGCAAUAGUUUUGCUCACAUUUAUAGGUUUAACAAUUCUUCAGUUAGAAUAUUUAUCAUUAUUUUUGAGUUUAAGAGAGUCGUAUGAAGAAAAUUAUAGUCCUUACUGUGGCUAUGGAAUGUUAAUCGGUUUUAUACCUGGCGGUGUCUUAGCCACUGUUUAUCCGGCUCACAACAUUUUUGGGAUUUCGUUCAUCGUAUAUUCUAUAUAUCAUUUUAUGGAAGUCAUGAAUACAGUAUUUUUCUUAAACGCUGACUUGCAUCAUUUUUUUCAAUUUUGUAUGGGAAAGACAAUGGCCAUGGCAUAUUCGGCUCCUCACAGGGUUUGUACAUUUUGGAUUCCACUGAAAAAACAGUCUUUACGUUAUGUUCCAAUACUAUUGUAUUCGAUUUUCAACCCACAAUUGUGUAAUUAUAUCAUGAUUUCAUUUUUGCAAAAAAUAAAUGGAUUAAUUGUUCUGGUUGGGUUAUCGUGGUUUGUUUCUUGGGUGUAUUUGAUCCACGGAGAUCGUUCUCAGAACCUAUUUAGGAAAUGUAGAGAUUCGAACAAUGUGCCACGUUCUUCAGGAAUCUCUGCCAUAUCCUUAAUACGGUCAAUCAUUUUGGACAUUCCAUGGAAGUCGAUUUUUACUUCAUUGCCCGUCAUUGCUCUUGUUAUAUCAUGUAUGUGUUAUGCUAAUAUGAUUGUUAUACAAAACAGUUACUAUGUUAGCCAUAAUAUAUCAUUGGAUCAGAUUUUGAGAAAACAGUUCACCUUUAUGUUCUUACCCGUAUUCGUCGUAUUCGAAUUAUUUACGGAAAUAACAGAAUGCAUUUCUGUCACAAACGUCAGAAAGAUUUUUAGUUGCACGAUUUUCAUUGCAGUGGGCAUGGUAUUUUUGCUGGUAGCCUUUAAGGUCAAGUCAUUUUUGUUUUUAGAGACCGAAGAAUUGUUCAAAUUCAUAAUCUGUGAAAUGGAAUAUUUUUUUAUUUUUGGAUUCGGUUUAAACCAUUUGGAUAUCGCACCAAAAUAUGCCAGUGUACUUUUUGGUUUCCAGAUGACAAUAUUUGCCAUUUCCGGCAUCUAUUUACCGGAUAUUUCAGAAAUAUUAAUCCAUCCUGAUGGACGUGACGAUAUCCGAAUUUAUAUCCUGAUGGCGGUUAUAUACAUAUCCGUGGCAGUGUUCUAUGCCAUUUUUGGUUCAGCGGAAAUACAACCAUGGGCAGAGGAUAAACUGGUAAAAGAGGAUCAACGGAAUAUGCACGAAGGAGCCGUUCUAACGGCUGUGUGACGAAUUCAUGAAACAUCUACUUUUCGAGUAGCAAAAUAUUUAUUUUAUGCCUUAAUAAAAUAUUCAAUUAAAUUUAUUGACAAAUCUUUAUAUAUAUAUAUGUAUGCAUAUAAUUCUUUGGUAUUUUUUAUGUCUGUACUUCACUGAUCUCUAUCUAAACGGCUGGAUCGAUUUUGAUGAAAUUGUUUGUGUGUUUAAGUAGGAAACUUGAAUCUGGAUAGUUUAGAUUCAUAAUUCGACUAGGUGUUUGAUUGGGCCACUCAAAUCUGGAAGUCA